AAUACGGGUUAGUUGUUUGGUGCACGGAAUAAUUUCUGCGACAAGUAAUCGACAGCAAAGCAGAGAUAUGGUUCUGCAGCUAAACAUCAAACUGCAACAGAAAUCAUGUGAAUGUGUGGAUUGAUAAAAUUACAUGGAUGGUGGCACCAUAAAAUGUAUUGAAUUACCCGCAGAAAACAGUGUACAAAAGAAUAAUAUCAAGUGUGACGUUUCAUCAUAAUCAUUCCGUGUAAAGAAGUUCGAAACUCGAAUCAGGCAAAAUGCUGACACCAGCAGCAUAAACCUCCAGCCAGUGCUCCGAAGUGAGUCAUGUUUGUUUGCAGCUCAAAUCCAGGCCACGAUUUGCAAUAUUCUUCCUAGCUAGUUGCAUAUUCUUUGUCCUUUACACACCUUUCUCCGUUCGAAGGGUUUUUUUUACUGCCAGCAGCCCAUUCACUGGAAUCGAUCGCAGGAACUAUCAGCUGGAGCAGGUAGCAAGAAGAAAACGGAACAGAAAGUAGGUUGGCAUCGGUUUUGAUGCGACCAUUCCGCAGUGGUAGGAGAAUCAUGAGCACUUCCAAUUAUCCGAACGCUCCGCUCGGAAUCCGGCUGGCAGCCGCCCUAGGGAGUAAACUCUUCCCGAGAUGGCAGAUCAAUCGGUUGCUCUGGUUCAAAUGUUCGGUACUUACCUUCACCUACUUAGCGUACAUGUGCUAUCACAUGACCCGGAAGCCGAUCUCGGUCGUUAAAUCGGUGCUGCAUCGGAACUGCAGCGAGGUUCAGAUUCCGCCGGAAUUUAUCCACAACGGCGGUGAACCACCGAACGAUAGUACCUGGUGCGAUUAUCCGCCCUUCGAUGGACCAGAUUCGGCCGCCCUGCUGGGCAGUUUGGAUUCGGCAUUCCUGUUCAGCUAUGCCAUCGCUAUGUUCUUCUCCGGUUUCAUCGCCGAACGUGUAUCGCUGAGGUACUUCCUGGCCCUGGGGAUGUUGUUCUCCGGCAUCUUCUGCUACCUGUUUGGGGUGGCCAAGGUGUACGAUAUCCAUUCGAUGUGGUAUUUUGUGUUUGUGCAGGCCAUGGCCGGCAUGUUCCAAACGACUGGCUGGCCGGGAGUUGUGACCAUUGUCGGUCGUUGGUUUGGCAAAGCCAAGCGGGGCUUAAUCUUCGGUAUCUGGAACAGUCACACAUCGAUUGGAAACAUUUUGGGCUCCCUGAUAGCGGCCCAUUAUGUCGAGAAGGACUGGUCGAUGUCUUUCAUAGUGCCCGGUUUCCUGAUGGGGGUAUUUGGGUUUGUGAUGUUUCUAUUUUUGGUGGACCGGCCGGAGAUUGUCGAUUGUCAGGAGAAGGUCGGCGAUGUACGAUCGGGCUAUAGGCGUAUCGACGAUGAGCGGAUUGCUGAAGCUGGCGGAAGCUCGGAUAAUGAUGAUCUCAACGGAACGAGCAGCGAACAGGAUAAUCCCUCGCUAAGAAGUUUGCGUGGCAGCUAUUCUAACGUUGAAAUCAACGAACGGACUCCCAUUUAUGGCAGUAUUAAUCGUGCUCCGGCACCGGAUGACGCCAUCGGAUUCGUGGGGGCGCUCAAGAUUCCUGGUGUAGCCGAAUUUUCUCUCUGCUUGUUUUUCUCCAAACUAGUGAGCUAUACCUUUCUGUUCUGGCUGCCGCUCUACAUUCAAUCGUCAACAACACUGGGAGCGGAACUUAGUGCCGAUUUAUCGAUUCUGUUCGAUAUAGGGGGCAUCGUUGGGGCGAUUGCGGCCGGUCUAAUCUCCGAUUACACCGGAAUGUCCGCUACGACCUGUACCGGAAUGUUGGCGUUGGCGGCACCAGCGCUUCUCGUAUACCAACAAUGGGGAGCCGUAUCUCUGUCGUUCAACAUAUGUUUAUUGUUUGUGGCUGGAGUCCUGGUGAAUGGACCCUAUGCUUUGAUCACUACUUCCGUGAGUGCUGAAUUAGGACAGCACAGAUCUUUGAACGGAAACUCGAAAGCCUUGGCUACUGUCACGGCUAUAAUCGAUGGUACCGGUUCUAUUGGUGCUGCCAUUGGUCCGCUGCUUGCCGGCCUGGUGUCCUCGUCCGGCUGGGGACGAGUGUUCUAUAUGCUAAUCGUGUCAGAUAUUCUCGCCUUGCUACUUUUGCUCCGGCUGGUGUCCAAGGAGCUGAAACGGCGCCGAUCACGAACCCGAAACGUUCGAAUAGAGUAAAAGUAUCCCUCCUUCCUGCGCACGAGAGACCACGUUUUUGCCUCCCCAAUAGCGUAGCUAGCUUGUAAGAUAAAGUGAAAAAUUAUGUGAUCACCCCGGACCUGGCGCGCGCGAUAGACUUCUUUUUUUUUCUUUUCUCGUAACGGUUUUUAAUUCUUGUUGACAUUUUGCAGGAUUAUGUCGGUGGUGCACGUAAAUUUGCGUAUUCAAUAAAUUGAUUUUUCUUUUAUGCAGAAAA